GCAGCACCUAUUGUAGGCAAGAGCAUUGUGAUACCAUCGGAGCAACGACCAUUGAUAUGAAACUUAGCCCAGCAAAAUUUAUAGCCACGACCUCCAUUUUCCUGAGCUUUGCACUGGCUAAUAACGGACGAUGUACUUUUCAAGACUUGUCUUCCUGAUUACUAUGGCACAAGCAAUUGACGGCAUCACUCUCCACGACCUUAUGAGUGCUCUUCAUACUUUUGAGAAAGUUUGGGUCCGUUAUCGGAGUUACGACAGACGAACUUUGGGCCACCAACACUUAUGCCUGUAUAAUGAAAUACGCUGCCAGGGACACCGAUCUUAUUUAUUCGCCCAGCAUUACGAGGUUGACUGGAAGUGGAGAAGCCAGAAGAUCUAUGCAAGAUUAUUUCAAGGCAGAGGCGGCGAAGCAAUAAUGCGAUUGAGCCAGAGACCAGGAGGUUGCGGCAUUGAUCACACCCUAGUUUUUUGGAAUCACAUAGAGCACUGUUUUGUGUUCAACAGAACAUUCGAAGGCCAGCCACAGUGCGAGAUGUGGGUCUGGGGUGACCACGUUCGGAAACACGUGCCUCAAUGUCAGCUAGCAUACAAGCGUCAUUGCCAAGCGCAAUACCCUGUUUACACGCAUCGUUGUGGACCACCUUGAAGAAAAAGAAACGCAGUUACGGUUUCUUCGAUACAGAGCUGUUACGUUGACCUUAAUAUCUGAUGAAUGUGAUGUCGCAUUAUGUAAGAUGAUAAUAAAAAGUGUAUUGGU